UGGUCCCGCCCCGCCGCCCAUUGUCCUGGCGCCACGUGACGGGGCCGGUUACACAGCAUCCUUCCCCGCCGCCGCCGCCGCCGUUUGUGCUGAGUCACGGCGCGGCGCUUCCCGGUGCUGCAGAGCGUCCUGCGGCUGCCGCCCGACUGACAGCCUUUCCUAUGGGGACGGACGGCGCCCGCGCUCUCUUGGAGCGGGCGGCCACCCUCACGCUGCAGACCGGCAACCUCCUCAACUGGGGCUGCCAGCGCAAGAAGUGCCCGGCUACCCCCAGCGAGGAGGUGCGGGACUGCAUUCAGAAAACACUGACUGAAUGGAGCUCCAAAAUUGGACCAGAUCUAAAUCAGGAAAUAGUGGAAGUUCUGGAAUGUUCUGUAGCUCAAGCUAUAGAAAAAAUAAAUCCUGAAGAAAGGGAUGAAUUGAAAGUAUCAGCAAAACUUUUCCUGCUGGGAUCAAACUCUUCAUCGAUCGGAGAUGCAGUUGACCUGGCGUGUUCUGCCCUUGGUGUUACACAGUUAGACUCAGUCAUCAUUGCUCCACCUCCUGUUGACGAUGGAACUAGCCUGUCCUUGGAGUACCUGCAACCUUAUUGGCAAGAACUUGAACAUUUGGUUCGAAACAAAAAGAUUGUUGCCAUAGGCACCUCUGACUUAGAUAAAACACUCUUAGAGCAGCUCUAUCUGUGGGCACAGGUGAAACCAAGUAGUAAUCAGGUGAAUCUAGCUUCCUGUUGUGUGAUGCCACCUGACCUCACAGCAUUUGCAAAAGAGUUUGACAUACAGCUCUUGACUCACAAUGAUCCAAAAGAAUUACUUUGUGAAGCAAGUUUCCAAGAAGUUCUUCAGGAAAGCAUCCAGAAUACGAAAGCACAGGAGUGGACUCCUUCAUGGCUUCUCCGAUACUCAGUCAUUGUUAAAAGCAGAGGAAUUAUCAAGUCCAAAGGCUAUAUCAUUCAAGCUAAAAGAAAUGUCUCUUAAAACACUUGCAUUUUCUGUUUCCUAAUGGCCUACUGGUUUAAUUUCUUGGGGAUGGGGAGGGGGCAAGAAAUUGCUUUUUUUUUCAUAGAAAUACUUUUACAGCAUUUGUAACAAAGACCAAAAGUUGUAAUUACUCAGCCAUAUGUCAGCAGGAGUCUGCAGUGUUCUAACACUAUUUUUUUUUUCUUUCUUAACCUAUUGAUCAGUUCAUUUAUAAUAUUAAAUAUUUUGCAUUUGUUUUUAUCUGAAAUGAUCUACAGAGAAACAGUUGAAAAUAUUUUUCUUUGUAUGACCAGUUCACUGUAAAAUUAUUGUUCUAUUUCAGCUGCCAUUAGGUAAUGUAGAGAAGCUUAUAUUUUUUGAAAGAAUUAAUUUCUCUUAAUACUUACCUGGUUGGUACAGAGUUGAAGCACUCAGUGACUAGAUUUUAUGGGAAAAUGUGGGAUUGUCUGAAAAAUACCCUCGAAUUAAAGUGAUAUCUCAUUCCUUGGUGUGUGUAUAUACAUGGACAGUUCUAUUUGUGUGAAUGGCAAAAAAUGGUUUAUUUUUAAUACAGUGUAAAAGACAUCAAUGAUUUAGAGACAAUGCAUCAUCCAAAUUACUUUCUGUCUGUUACUUGAAUUCCUUCUGUCUUCUUUGUGCCUCAGUGUGCUUUGUUUAGUGUUUGCAUAAGUGUGAUGACAACUUUACUGCUUGAAAUAUAAAAGUGUACUGUUUUCUGAAGGUUUAAAACAAGAACUGAAAACAAGUGGUGAAAAAAUCUGAUAAUAGCAAAUUGAAUUGUGCCUGUCUUCUCAGCUGUGCCUAGCUGUGGUUGUGGGUUUUGGUUUUUCUUUUUAUUUAAAUACUCAUAACCUACUGUCAGAAUCAUCCAAAUGUUGAAGCUGUUCACUACAGGAUUGUCUAAAAUCAAUGCUGCCUUUUGCGGUUGCCUAGGAAACUUGUUUGCCUGAGUGCCACUUAGAAACGAUGCAAGCAAGAGUUAGCUUGUAGUUAAGUGUAUUUGUGUUUGGCAGCAGCUUAGUUCACUGGCUUUUGAAUCCUAGGGAGAUUGCUGCAGUUAAGGCAAAGCUUCUGGUUUAAUAGGGUGUUUCUCUCAAAGACAUCUUUUCACCUUUCUUGGCCUUCAAAUCAGAAUAGACAGCAAAAGCUCCACUUGUACUGUGUGUCUAAAAUGCUCCUUUUUACUUCAGAUUUCAGUGAGGAGCAGGACUUCAGAUUAUUAGUAGUCAUUAACUUAAUUUGUAUAUAUUUUGAGAUCUGGACUGUAAGGGAAUGAAUUUUCACCAACUUCUUUCAGAUUCAGUCAUAUAGGCAGCUAGUGCAAUGUGAAUGCCUGUAGGUAGUGUUAGCUUCUUAUAAUCCAUCCCACCAGGAUACUGUUCCAAGAUACCUUUUUUGAGUCCUCAAAUAUCUGUAGGUGGCAAAUACUGGGAAUUUCUUCUAGACUACUUCAGUUCUUUGAUAAGUGAGAGAGAUGGAGAUGGGAACUAAUAAUGCACCCAAAAACGUUUGUGUUUUCACUUUUUCUGCUCAUCAAAAUGUCUUUCAAAUGUUGUGUCAGUGUGUAUCAGGUUCAAAAUUACACAAGUUUCAUUUUAAACUGCCCCACUAGCUUUGAGGUCUGCUGAUUAGCUGUUAUCUGUCUGUUUGGCUGGUGACAUUCUCUAGUGUGUCGGUCUGCACGCGUGCUUGGUUUUACAAAUUGGAAUGCUGCAAAACUAGAAUUGUGCUGCAAAUGUAGAGGCUGCUACGUUGGGGUAACUAAUUACUUCCUUUCUGUAAACUGCUAUCAGUUUGCUUGCCAUAGAACAGAAACUUUUAAGACAUGAGAAUUAAUAUUUUUCUAGAGUUGGCACUAGUGUAACAUUUUAUGAGCUUGAUUUGUUUUGCAUCGAAGUGGGAGAGAUGGGAUUUCCUUCUAUGAAAAACUUGAAAGUUUGAAUUAAAGUUUUAGGCACUUAA